GGGUGUCUGUGAUGUUGAUGUUGAUGUUGGGCGAGUGUUGUAUUCUCUAUGGCGAGCAAUGCCAUGAAGGGAGGGGGAGGGACGUGUGUAAGUGGGCAAUGCCGCCAAGAGACAACUGGAUUUCUCUCUCUACAGUAACGUAAAACACACUCUCUCUCUCUAGAAGUGAUAAUCCCAGAAUUUUGGAGUAGUUUGGUGCUGAAUACGGUAGGAAUUAUAAGUUGAAAGGGGAUUGAAAUGGUGCUGUGAAUAGGGUUUACGUUCUGCGCCGAAUAGGGCGGAGAAGAAGACCCAAUUCUGGCCAGUGAUUUUGGUUUUAUGGAAAAUUUGGACCGUCUAGGGCAUGGAGGAAGGGCGUUGAACCUGCGCUUUACAAUCAUGUUUCCAGAGCUCACUGGAAGUUAUAUUUCUGUAAAUCAGAUACAAAGAUGCAUUGCAACGAGGGAUAAAAAUGGUCUCCAUUUUGCUUCUCACUGGAUUGGACCAAUUAGGGGGUAAAUUUGGCUCGGGUCUUUGGAAGACUUACAAAAAUAAGUUUGAAAUUCGAAAUCCCCCAACCAAAACGAGAGGUCUCCAAAUUUUUUUUCCCCCUUCAGAAACACAGAGCUCUCCCAACCAAAACCACAUCUGCUCCAAGCGGAGUCAGUUACUAUUCAUGCGCAGAAUCUGAGUAGUUGAAUCUCUCAACAAUUCCUUCGUUUCUUCCGUUUUCAAUUUAUUGAUUCGGAUGAGACUUUUGACAGGAAGCUCAGACUAUUGUGGCAUGCAGCCUUUCCAGAUGUUGCUCUUGCUGGUUUGAUCUCUGAGCAAUGGAAAGAUAUGGCUUGGCAAGUCUCUAAUCCAUUGACUGACUUAAGGGAUGAGGAAGGAUUGUUUUAUGCAUUAGACCUUGGUGGCACAAAUUUCUGUGUCCUUCAGGUACAGUUGGAUGGUAAAGACAAACACGUUGCUAAACAAGAAUUUGAGGAAGUUUCUAGUCCUCCACAUGUGAUGGUUGGCAGUUCAGUGGCUUAUAGAGUUUUAUUGCUGAGGCACUCGCUAAAUUUGUUGCUACAGAAGGUGAAUGAUACAAUUGGAACAUUAGCAGGAGGCAGAAACUACAACCAGGCUGUCAUUGCUGUUUUGAUUUUGGGUACAGGAACUAAUGCAGCAUAUGUGGAGCAGGCACAUGCAAUUCCCAAAUGGCACGGUCUACUGCCUAAAUCAGGUGAGAUGGCUACCAGUUUUCAAAUGUUUGAACCUAUUGUUUUCAAAUCAUGAUUUAAACUUUCUUCUAAUUCAUUUUUUUAUACUUUUAAUUUGUCCCUUCCAUUGGGUAGAAGUGUUUGUGGUUCCAAACCAGGUGUCAAUCUGUAACUUGAUAUGCGAUUGCUUCUUAAUAAAAGAUAUUUGGGAUGGUAUUUUAAUUUUUAUAUCCUUGGAAAAAACUAGCAAAUUAAUAUUUGAUUUUUUGCUUCUGCAUACAGGGAUCUAUCAUAUAAUAAGGGCUUAAUAGGUUCUCUUCCCUCAUAAAUUGAAAAUUGAAAGAAGUUAUUGGACUUGUAAGGACAUUCUUAUUUUUUUAUUAAAAUAUUAACUGAUAACUAAAAUGGUAGUUACAAUGCUCUGAUAAACCAAUUUGAUUCUACUCUGCAUCAGAAUUCUAGUUGUUUGCAGGUUUAUUGGUCUGAUUCCAGAGAUGAUAUCAUCUCUCUCCAGCAGCUGGUUUUCUUGUAAGGAUUUCAAAUCUGGCAUUCUAGUUCUAUUUUAAUGUGAGAGCUAAUGAACAUGCAAGUCGUUUGCUGAAAUUUGGCCUUUAAACUUCUUUAAUAAGUGAAGCAUCUAGCUCCAGUAUGUUUGGAAGGAAAAAUUUAAGACUGACUUUUUCAAGUUUUUCAUACUAGUUGCACCUCUAUUUUCCUUGGAUAUGUGUUAUUUAAUUAUGUAUUUGUCAACGUCAUGUUGUGGCCCGAAUUUGGUGCGGGGUCGUGUUGCAACCCGUUGAUUGUGCUUAAAGUAGGGCCUAAGUCCACCAAAGGUAUGGCCUUUGGGGGCAGCGGCCCCAAGGAAAAUUUUUGACCCGAUUUUUGCUUGCGGGUCGUGGACCCUAUUUAGUACUCCUCUCUUGUAGCCCGAUAUAUAAGGGUGUUCAAGAUUUGGAGUGGAUUAUAGAGAGACAUUGAAAAUCACAUAAGAGAGGGUGAGAGCAAGAGUUCGGUUUUGGGGCUGAAAUAUGUAAUCUCCUUAUUUCUGCAUGGUGAAAACUUUUGCCGGAUCUUCACCAUAGAUGUAGGCUUUGCCGAACCACACUAAAUCUUUUUGUUCUUUGUGUGGUGUUUUUACUUUUCUGUCGUGUUUGUUGAUUUGUUCUUUGGUUCGCUGUGUUUGUCAUCACAGUCAAAGAAAGCAUCUCACAAGGUUUUGAACUGGUUAUUUGAAGUUCUGUAACUCCAAAUCCCUUCCCCCACAAGGCCGUGGAUACUAACCUUCUUGUCACUAUAUUAUUUAUAGAAAUGGGAAGUAAUCUGCUUCCUAUAUAUUUGAUUUACAAAAUCAAAUUCAGAGCUCUCUGAAAAUCAAAUCUCUAGAUACUGUUUCAAAGAAGCAAAACCAGAGCAAAUUCAGACCUACUGUAUAUAUAAAGAUUUUGUUGAAUGAGAGAAAAAAUUGAAUGAAGCAAGAUGGCAAUUAUGAAAGAGAGAAUGUUCAGGUUGCAUAGACACGUGUCAGAAUCUGUCAAGUCUGGAGAGAGAAUCGAUCAACUUCUCCAACAUUCAGCCUCUUCAGCGGGUGUGCAAAGGUUUUAAGGUUCCAAAGGCCACCCAACUUGCAGGCAACCGGAGAUUAAAGUCAAUAUUGGACCUGACGUGCUAUAUAAGUUCUCUAUUUUCUUUUUCUCCUCCACAAUAUUUUCUCUUCAUUUUCUUCGGUUUCAGUAUUCAGACAAAAACAUUAUUAGUAAUUUUCUAUGCAGUUUGUUUUGCAUAUAAUGUUGUCGUUUUAUUGGCGUUAAUUGAUUACAAUGUUGUAAGCCAAUACUUUGUUUGUUUGUUUAAGUUUCUAAUGGCAUUUCCUUUGUGUUA